AUGGCUUCUAUUUUACCUGCUUCCAAUAGAUCCAUGAGACCUGACAGGAAUACAUAUAAUGGAAAGAAGACCUAGAGGGUCAAAAAUCCUUACCUGGAUUCUAUGGAUGAAGACAUUCUCUAUCACCUGGAUUUAGGAACAAAAACACACAAUCUACCAGCAAUGUGUGGGGAUGUAAAGUUUGUCUGCGUUGGUGGAAGCCCCAACAGGAUGAGAGCAUUUGCAAUGUUUAUGCACAAGGAGCUCAGACUGGAGGGAGAUGGAGAAGACAUUAAAGACAUCUGCGCUAGAACAGACAGAUAUUGCAUGUUCAAAACUGGUCCUGUGCUCUUCAUCAGCCUAAGUUAUGGCAUUGGCAUUCCCUCCAUUUCUAUUAUGCUUCAUGAAUUCAUCAAAUUAUUACAUCAUGCACGGUGCUGUGAUGUCAUCAUUAUCAGAAUUGGUACAUCAGGGGGAAUAGAUCCCAACAGAAAUCCAGGUGGGACAAAAAGUGUCAGGAGACUAGACUUGAGGGAUUGCACAGGGUCUGUUGUCAUAACAGAUACAGCUGUAGAUUCCUUCUUCUACCCCCGGUUUGAGCAGGUCAUCUUGGACAAUGUUGUCACUCGGAGUACUGAACUUGACAAGGAACUGGCUGAAGAACUGUUCAACUGUAGCAAAGAAAUUCCCAACUUCCCAACCCUCUUUGGACAUACAGUGUGUACUGAUUUUUAUGAAGGCCAAGGUCGACUAGAUGGAGCAUUGUGUUCCUUUUCUAAAGAAAAGAAGUUAGAUUACUUGAAAGCAUACAAAACUGGUGUGAGGAACAUUGAAAUGGAAUCUACAGUGUUUGCAGCCAUGUGUGGUCUGUGUGCUCUAAAAGGAAGUGUCUGUGUGACCCUUCUUGACCGACUUGAAUGUGAUCAAAUCAACUUGUCUCAUGAUGUUCUGAUGGGAUACCAGCAACGGCCUCAGCUCCUAAUCUCAAACUUCAUCAAAAAGCAACUUGGACUUUGUGACCAGAUGUCAUAAAUUGCCAGUCCAACCCUCCCCAACUUGCAGUUGGUAGAUCAUGAUUUUGAAGCCAUGUUUUAUUUGUAGCAUUUUCCUACAGUUCUCAUCCACACACUAAAAUCAUAAUAGAGAGGUUUCAUGAUAUCCCUUUAUCUUAAAAAUGAAUUUAUAGGAAGAGAAGUUAAUACCACAUUAAAUGAAAUUCAAAUUCCAUUUUAGAAUAAGCUAACUAGAUCAAUCUAAUAAUUCAAAUUUUAAAAAUUCCUGGAUUGUGACAUUUGGAGUUUUAUAUGCAGCAUUAAUUAAGCUCACAUCAAAAUAGAUCAGCCAUUUGUAGAUACAGUUACCAGUCACUCUGUUGCUGAAUCCAAUCCAGAAAUUCAUGUGAGAAAGUUGUCAGGCACUUCUAGGUGUUGGACCAGUGACAGAAAUUUGAUCAUGCACAUUCAAAAUAUUUACAGAAAGAAAGUAUCAGUGUACUGUAGGUCUACACAUAUGAGUUAUCCCUAAGGAAAUAUAACCAUACUUCUUUUUUACCCCCGCACAACUUCAGUGUACAACAGAAUAGGAUUAGAGGUCUAUAUGUGCCUGCAUUUGUGAUUUAUCACAGAACAACUCUGAGUUACACAUUUAUUUUCAAAUGAAACUUCUUGGUGAUGCAAAGAAAGAUCUUUUUUGUUCAGAAAUCACAAGUGACUAAAUUGCCUUCCAGCAAUCUUUUUUUCUUUGAACGAAAUGUGCUUUGAGGAGGUUGUGUGUGUGUGUGUGUGUGUGUGUGUGUUUUGUUCAUUUCAAUAUGAACCUGAGAAAUUACUAACAACUAAAUUUAAAGUUGAGUUUAAAAUGUUAAAGUAAUCCUUUUGUGUGGUUUUGAAGCAGGUCUUUUCUAGACCUCGAAUAUACUUCCAACCCAUUUGAUCCUCUGGGAGGCUCUGUGGGUCUCUAUGAAUUGAGACUCUCAGGCUGCACCUUGCUCUCUGUGAAUUGAUCCUGUCUGGGGCCUUUUUGAAUUUGACAUACUGAGGAGUUGGAAAGAAUGGGUGGCGGAUGGGUGGGGAAUGGCUGGCAAACUUGUAUAGAAUGUAAUGUUGUGUACACAUAUUUAUAUGGUUGAGACUCAAAUAAAACUUAAU